AUGGGAUUUGGAGUGAUUAAAGGGGUACUUUUCAAGCGCCUCUUUUUUGUUUUUUCCUCAACAUUAUGGACAUUUUGUACCUGCCUUCCUUAUCGACUUCUAUAUCUUGGAAUUUUGCUUUCAUUAUUUUCAUCCUCCCCACCUUUAUUACUUAAACAAGCAAUUGAUUUAUUUUAUUCUUUAUUGGUUAUUGGAAUUGUUUGUAAUCCAAUAAUUACUUUAUUUACACAAAGAAUUUAUCGAAAUUAUUUAAUUAAUUAUUUUUUAAAUCCUUUUGGAAAGAAAAAUAAAAUAAAAAAUAAUUCAAGUAGAAGAAGUAGAAGAGCAACAAGUUUAUAUAAAAAUGAAAAAGAAAUUUUAAAUAUUAAUGAGGAAAAAGAAGAAAGAAGAGAAAGGAUAUAAACAAUUAAAUAAUUAUUGUUACUAAUUGUUCCUCUUUCUAAAUUUAUUUUAAUAAAAGUUCUAAUACAUAAUCUUAAACAAUUUUCGAAAAAAAGAAAAGAAAAACCCCAAACGUAUAAAAUUCGCUCGAAAACUGUCCGGAGUCAACUUUACAUCUGUGAUUGUCAUAUCCUUAACUGUUGUUCAGUAUUGUCACCUCCGCAAUUGUCGUAACACAUUGUGAAAAAAAAAGAAAAUUAAGGGACACGCCCAAAACACGCCCAAAAACAUCAAAAUUUAUUAAAAGUAA